UGGAAGUAGAGCGCCCAUUUUGAAAAGCAUAUCAUUAUUAUGGCAGAAAACGAAACUACUUAUGAUAUAGUUUACAAACAGUUACAAGAUGUUGCUUGCCUUCGUCAUGAGCGGAUCCGUACCCUGAUGGAAGAGGUUCGCACCCUACGAGAAGAAAAGAAAUGUCAAAUACAGAUAAACGAAAAGAUUGCUGCAGAGAGCAAUGGAAUAAAAGCAGACUAUGAAAAAAUUGAGGAGGCAUUAGAGGAUGAAAAGCUAGAACAUGCUAAAACAAAAGCCAUACUGGCUAGGGAGUCAGAGAAACUUCAGUCUGCCCUUGGAGAAGUUGAAAUUUUAACAAGACAGCUUGAAAGGGAGAAGCAGGCCUUUGAAAAAGCGCUUGCAAAUAUUAAGAAGAAGGCGCAUAAUGAGGCAACUAAAAAAGACAAGCUAAUCACCAAAUGCUGUGAAAUAGAGUCCAAGAUUACACAAAAGGAAGAUAUUCUGAAUGUCAAAGACCAUAAAAUUCAAGAACUUCAGCAGCUUGUUUCAAAACAGAAGGAGACAAUGAAGAAACAGUUAACGGAGUUUAAUCUACAGAUGCAGCAGGAGGUAUACAUAGCACAAACCCUGGAAAAAAAGCCAAAGAAAGCUGCUGGACGCCUGAAAUGAACCUUCCUGUUUCUAAAAUGUAACUUUUGCAUAUUGUGACAAAAUACGUUUUUAAUUUUCUUUAGUAGUCUCACACCUUACGUACGACUUGGGGUCUAGUUGAUCCCUACUUGUAGACUAGUUCUAAUGCAGGUAGUUAUUCUUAGCUACUUGUUCCGAAAAGUUAGUGCUGUCAUGAUCAAGUAGGUGGAUCUUCUGUGACUUAUUUAAUUUUGAAUGUUUUAAGCCAUUGUUUUUCAAAUAGUGAGGCAAGCAUUCGUGCAUCACUGUGGCCCAAACAGGUCUGAAUAUGUUGUGCUGUUGAAAUGUUAGCUAUUUGGUGUUGUGUUUAGAAUUCAAACUACAUGCAGAAGGGUAAUAAUCAAUGGAUAUUUGUAUUUCACUGUAAAUCAGUAAGAAAGUAAUAAUGUAGUGAAUAAAAUAUUGGUUAGA